AUGAGCGAACAGCUGAAAUUCGUCGUUGAACAACUCAACAAAGAGCCUUUUAAGAAAAACCUGAACCUCAUCACGUUUGACUCGCUCGAGUCGAUGCAGCUGCUGCAGACUUUAAACGAUGUUCUGGCUGAAAUCGACCCAAAGCAAGCUAUAGAUAUCCGUGAAGAACUGCCUGAUCAGACCAUAAAGAGGACGUGUGCUCUGCUGGGGAUGCUGAAGUACAAACCUCCCAGCAACUUCUCUGAUGUGAGCAGCUUCAGACAAGGUUUGGUGACUGGCAGCAAGCCCGUGGUCCACCACAUCCUCCACUGGCUGCUGCAGAGGGUCCCCGAGCUGAAGAAAAGGGCUUAUCUGGCUCGCUUUCUAGUCAAACUGGAGAUUCCUGCAGAGUUUUUGCAGGACGAUGUUAUCAACGACACCUAUCACCAGUAUGAAGAGCUGGUGGAAGGUUUUAAGUUAUAUCACAAGGAGUGUGAGAAGCUGAGGACUUCAGGCUUCUCCACAGCAGAAAUCAGAAGGGACAUUAGUGCUAUGGAGGAGGAGAAAGACCAACUAAUCAAACGUGUGGACAGGCUGAAGAAGAGGGUGGAGUCAGUGCCCAACCAUCAGCGGAUGCUGGAACAGGCCAGCCAGCUGCGAGUGGAGAAGGAGAGAGAGGACUCACUGACUCACCAGAAGCAAGAACAGAAGAACCAACUGUUCCAGGCCGAGCAGAGGCUGCAGAGAUUGCAGCAGCAGUUGAAGGAUUUGCGACAGGCAGCAGCAGAUGCCAAUCCAGAGAGCUUAAUGAAGAGGCUUGAAGAGGAGAUCAAGAUCAACUCCUACAUGGUCUCUGAGAAACUCCCCAAAGAGCUGGAGGGUAUGAGGCGUACAGUGCAGUACCUGCACAAAAUAGCAUCAGAGCCUGCCAUGGGCCAGGCCGAUCUCCAGGAGCUGGAGGACAAGAUUAAAGAGGUCGAUUCUCAGAUCAACCAACUGAUUGAGAAGAGGAUGAUGAGAAACGACCCCAUGGACGAUAAACUGACCCUUUACAGGCAACAGGCCUCCAUCAUCAUUCGAAGGAAGGAGUCAAAGGCAGAGGAGCUUCAGGAAGCGAGGGAGGAGCUGGCCGCGGCAGAGAGGGAGCUUAAGCAGAGAACCAACCAGGCACAAACUUCAGAUGGGGAAGAGGUCAUCCGGGGUGAUGAGCUGAAACGCUUGUUAGUGAAACUGCGCAGCAAGGGAACUGUGUACAAGAAGAAACGUCAGGAGAUCGCUGAGCUGAAAGCAGAAUUCGGAGUUCUGCAACGGACAGAGGAAAUUCUCAAGCAGAAACAUGAGACCGUCCAACAGAAACUGCAAACUGUGGAAGCUGAGAAGGGGAUCGCUGGCUACAGUAACACUCAGGAGGAGCUGGAGAGAGUGUCGGCCAUCAAGAGCGAGCUGGACGAAAAGAAGGGACGCACACUGGAUGACAUGUCCGAAAUGGUAAAGAAAUUAAACUCUAUGAUCGUGGAUAAGAAGGCUGCUCUAGCACCAAUUAUAAAAGAACUGAGAUCACUGAGACAACGCUGUCAGGAACUGAGCCAGGAAUAUGAGGAAAAGAAGGCACAGUACGAAAGCUGUACUGCUGGUUUGGAGAGCAACAGAUCUAAACUGGAGCAGGAGGUGAAAGCACUGAGAGAAGAGACAUCACAGGAUGAAAACAGAUAUCAUUAUAUUAACUCCAUGUCAGAGAUCAUUGAAAUGCAAAUACAGCGGGCGGCUGAGGAGAUGAAGGCCUAUGUGUCCUCUGAUCCGCAAGAGAGGAAGAAAGCCAUCAGGGAAGUGUACAUGAAGAACAUCGCAGAACAGGAGCUGCUCGGCAAGAAGUUACGUGAGAAGCAGAAGAUGGUGAGGGAGAGCCACGCUGCGAACAUGGAGCAGAUGACAAUGUGGUGUGACCUGGAGCAGCUGAUGGUGUGCAAGAAGCAGUGCUUCAUAAGAGCUCAGAGCCAGGCAUCUGUUGGGCAGGUCAUACAGGAGGAAGGAAAGGAUAGGCUAGUGCUGUGAGGACACAUCUAGGCAGGGUCAGCUGCAGGUCCCCUACAGAGCAUUCACUACACAGGGUCUAACUUCAUAUUCUGUACCUUUGUUAUGUAAACGGUUACUGGUUUGUUUCAUGGUUCACUGGCAUUCUUUCCAUCCAUCUUCUCUGUUACACACUGCCAUCCUGUUUCACUUGACAGUAUGUAUUAUGUACCACAACUUAAAGAACCGACACCGAGAGGUGUUGCAGGCCACAGGGAUCCACUGUCUCUGCCCCCUUUAUACUCCAUUUUGGCCCGUCUUUAAGAAUACAUGUUUAAUCAAAGUGUUCAACGAUAAGAGCAUACAAAGUGGUGCACUUCAGAUGUGGUCGCGGUCAACUAUUUUUGUCAAGGACUACUAUGACCUUGGACAGGGUGUCUUGCCAAUUUUGGAAAUUACUGGGACCUCCCUUUGCUUUGGAACAGUGCUUGUUUCUUUUCUGUUUACAUCACAACAAACACUUUUUCUGUAAUAGAUCCUUAUUUGAAGAUAAAUUAUUUCAACAUUUAAGACAUGUUUUGUCUAUGUAUUUCUAUUAAAUAUAUUUACUAUUC